CCCCUCCUCCGGUCACAUCUGGAUCUGGAUCCUUCCAUCAGCAGCAGCACUCAGCAGAGCUGUAUCAGUGUCUGCGAGGGAGAAAGGAGAGAGAAUCUCUUAUCACGGGAAGACAGGAAUAUUUACAUCAGAUCAUUAUCUCUCUUUUUCUAUGUCUCUCUCUCUCUCUCUCUCUUUCCAUUUUGAAACGGAGUAGCCUAUUUAUCUGUCUCUUCGCUACCGAUCAUCUCAGAAACAGAACAGAGGAUUAAAAACAGAAGAGAAGAGUCAAACAAAAGGAGAGACUAAUGGAAGAAUAAAAAGCUAAGGAGAAGAGAGGAGGAAGACCUCUCAUCUCAUUCAUCUAUUCUAGCAGGAAGAAGGAAUUUAGGCUACCUCUCCUCUACACUUGAUCAUCUCUCUCUCUUUCUCUUUCUCCUUUGCUAUCUCUUUCUCUCUCUAUGGUCAUGGCUGUGCAGGGGACCAGCCUGCUAGAGAACCCAGUUCAGGUGGUUCUGUACCUUAGAGAACUGACCACUAUUGUUCAGAACCAGCAGAGCCUCAUCCAAACACAACGCCUGCGCAUUGACGAACUGGACCGACGCGUGGAUGAGCUGCUUGGGGAGAACAGGAAUCUGCGUGAAGCAAGAGGUGUACAACCUCCCCAUCAUCACCCAGACCACAACCUGAGCCUUCAUUGUCAUCAUCCUCAGCAUCAACAUCCGUACCCACAAGACACCGGUUCUCUGCCCGCCCAGCCCAUGCCUGAGGUUCCUCCUGCUGAGCCAGAAAAGUCCUCUCCUCAACCCGCCAAUCCGGAGGACAUGCAGCUGGUACCGGCCCAUCCCCAGCCACAGUCACUGAGCCCUCUGCAAGGCAAGGCCAUCCCGGGUGAGGGGGAGGACAGCAGCCACACACUGGUUCCCCUGGUUCCCAUAGCUCCCCUCACUCCUACCACUUUCUGUCGCUCGCUGGCUCUCGCCAGGCAAUCAGAGAGUCAGACAAUACUACAUCAGUUCUGUUGUCCUGCUCCAGAGGCUCCAGAAGCUGCUCUCACUGGCUCCUCCAGUGAUGGGCAGCUGCUGGGUCUGGAGGGCGGGACUUCCUCCAGCAGACAGGAAGGAGAGGGGUCAGUAGGUGUGGCUCGUAGAGAAGGACCCAGCGACUAUGAACUUGCCCUGGAGAACAAGACCAAACAGAUAGAGGAGUUGCAGCUGAGGUACGGUGGUCACCUGGUGUCGCGGCGCGCUGCGUGUCGUAUUCAGACAGCGUUCCGUCAGUACCAGCUCAGUAAGAACUUCCAGAAGAUCCGGAACUCUUUGUCAGAGAGCAAGUUGCCACGCCGCAUUUCCCUGCGCCGGCCGAACCCCAGCCGGGGCCAGAACCCCACCCAGCGACACAGCUUCCUGUUAGAGAGCCGGGGCCAGAACCCCACCCAGCGACACAGCUUCCUGUUAGAGAGCGGGGGCCCACCAUUGCGCCCCAAAACACCCCCACCACCCCCCUCACGCUCCACCUCCCUGCCCCCCUCAGCCUCCCCUGCCACGGGCCCUGGCCCCUCGCUCACACAGCUGGAGGACUGCUUCUCAGAGCAGGUGCGCUCGCUGGCCCAUUCGAUAGACGAGGCCCUGCGUGGGUGGAGCCUGUCGGAGGGGGUUGAGGGGGGAACAGGGGGGCUGCUGAUGGACCCCGAGGCGUUUCGGGCGGCUGGUCAGAGUGCCUGUAUGCCUCGCAGCGCCAGCUCCCUGCUCAUGGCCUUCAGAGAUGUCACCGUUCACAUCGACACCAACAACUACACUGUCUCCACGACUACCACCUCCACUACCACCACUACCCACGGCAACACAGGGGUAGGGGGGGGAGGAAGCAGGCAAGCCUCAAUGGACGGGGGAGGGGGAGGGGGAGAGGGAGGUGGAGGGGUAGGGAGACAAACAACAACCUCCCAGCUGGGGGAUGAGAAAGAGUUCCCUGCCCCCCCUCCCAGUGAGGAAUUGUUGAAGGGAGGAGGGUCGAGGAUGGAGUCAACUGUGACAGGGCAGGGGAGAGAGUUGGGGGGGCAGAGUGGCUCAGAGAUACUCAGUUCCACCUCUACCUCCACCUCGGCCCAGUCUAACCAGUAUACCACUCAGUCCUCCUAUCCCCAGUACCACCAGUAUUCCACAUACCCCCAGGCCCAUCACCCUCAAUCCCAGUCAGUCAGGGACCCCAACACUGAGGCCCUCCAAGCCCUGGUCCUCUCUCUGCCCAGAGACCGAUGCCAGGACCCAGCUUCCUGCCGAUCCCCCACACUCUCCACUGACACACACCGCAAACGACUCUACCGCAUCGGACUCAACCUCUUCAACGUGAACCCAGAGAGAGGCAUCCACUUCCUGAUCACGCGUGGUUUCGUCCCAGACGCGCCCAUGGGCGUGGCCCACUUCCUGUUACAGAGGAAGGGCCUAAGCCGACAGAUGAUUGGAGAGUUCCUGGGGAACAGCAAGCUGCUCUUCAACAGAGACGUCCUGGACUGUGUGGUCGAUGAGAUGGACUUCUCUGGGAUGGAGCUGGACGAGGCUCUGAGGAAGUUCCAGGCUCACAUCAGAGUCCAGGGAGAGGCCCAGAAGGUGGAGAGACUCAUUGAAGCUUUCAGUCAGAGGUAUUGUAUGUGUAAUCCUGAGGUGGUGCAGCAGUUUCAUAACCCAGACACCAUCUUCAUCCUGGCCUUUGCUGUGGUCCUCCUCAACACUGACAUGUACUCCCCUAACAUCAAACCUCAACGCAAGAUGGGCCUCGACGAUUUCAUACGCAACCUACGAGGAGUGGACGAUGGAGCAGAUAUCCCCAGGGAGAUGGUGACAGGGAUCUAUGAGAGGACCCAGCAGAGAGAGCUACGCUCCAACGAAGACCACGUCACCUACGUCAGCCGUGUGGAGCAGUCCAUACUGGGCAUGAAGACGAUUCUGUCUGUGCCCCACCGUAGGCUGGUGUGCUGCUGUCGUCUGUUUGAGGUGGCAGACUUCAACAAACCACUGAAACAGAAACUGGCCAACACCCAGAGAGAGGUGUUCCUGUUCAACGACCUCAUACUUAUCCUGAAGCUGUGUCCCAAGAAGAAGACUUCUGCCUCCUACACCUUCUGUAAAGCCAUGGGUCUACUGGGCAUGCAAUUCCACCUCUUCAGUAACGAAUACUAUGCUCAUGGCAUCACCAUGUUGAGUCCGUUCUCAUCAGAGAAGAAGCAGAUGGUGAGUUUCUGCUCCCCCAGUGGAGAGGAGCUCAGGAAGUUCACAGAGGAGCUACGAGAGUCCAUCACUGAGGUCAACGAGAUGGAGCAGAUACACAUUCAAUGGGAGCUGAAGAGAGAACAAGGGGUGCAGACUCACACCCCCCACACCAACGGAGGACAGAUGGGCACACUGAGUCGACACACAGGAUCCCCCACAGCCCAGAAAGAUCUGUAUGACAAGACUAGCAACAACACUGUGGAGGUGUCAAUUCACAAUAGGCUGCUGCAGACCUACCACAUGACCCAGGCCAGCCCUGAUAGGCUGCUUCAGACCUACCAUGUGACCAGUCCUGACUCCACCCAACUGGCUCUGGCAGCACCCCUGGCAAUACUUAGCCCCACCCACCCUGGAGAACUCCGCCCAGACACCCUCAUUCAAUGCCAGCAGAUCGUCAAGGUGAUUGUUGUGGACCAGAGCGGCCAGGGGCGAAUGGAAGCCUUCCUCAGCCAAGGAAGCCCUGCCUCCCACCACCGCCUCAUCCAAUCAGCGAUGUCCACACCAGUACGGAUCAGAGAGGGAUCUGAGCCCCCUCUGCCUCCCCCUCCUCCCCCUUACAACCACCCCCACCAGUACUGUCCCCCCGACUCCCCCUACCCCCUUCCACACACCCUUCCUCACCCCCUGCGCAGACGCAACUCGAGUGGUUCCCGCAGCCUCGUCUGACAUAUGUCCCCUGAUCCUACAACACCUUAUUCUCUGUCCUCUGAACUUUUGUUAAACAGUGAUAUACUGGGAGAAACACACACAACACAAACACUCAUAGACAAAGAUAGAAAGGGAAAGGGUGAGACGAGGAAGGGAGGAAGAGAAAGAGGGAGGUAAGGAAGUCAGCUGAGAGAGAGGGAAUAAGCCGAAAAAUAGAGUGGGAGAAAAUGGAGAGGUUUCAAAUCAAUAUAAAUUCAAAGUCAUCUUACGAUGUAAUGUUUAUUUUUCUAAAGAUAGAUUUUCUAAUCUGACAGCUCUUGUGACACAGUGUCAUCUGUACAUAUCUAUAUCUGUACCUGGCUUUAGAAAGAACACUCUAGGAUGCCCCUCCUACCCCCUAAUCUCUGAUUAUAACCCUGCCCUGAUAUCACACAGCUGAUGCAACAAAAGGAAUUCCUCCCAGUGAAUGGAACCGUCUGGACAUAGAGACAUACAGUUGAAGUGGGAUGUUUACAUACACUUAGCAUAAUACAUUUAAACUCAGUUUUUCACAAUUCCUGACAUUAAUCCUAGUACAAAUUCCCUGUUUUAGCUCAGUUAGGAUCACCACUUUAUUUUAAGAAUGUGACAUGUCAGAAUAAUAGUAGAAAGAAUGAUUUAUUUCAGCUUUUAUUUCGUUCAUCACAUUCCCAUUGGGUCAGAAGUUUACAUACACUCAAUUAGUAUUUGGUAGCAUUGCCUAUACAUUGUUUAACUUGGGUCAAACGUUUUGGGUAGCCUCCCACAAGCUUCCCACAAUAAGUUGGGAGAAUUUUGGCCCAUUCCUCCUGACAGAGCUGGUGAAACUGAGUCAGGGUUGUAGGCCUUCUUGCUCGCACACGCCUUUUCAGUUCUGCCCACACAUUUUCUAUAAGAUUGAGGUCAAGGCUUUGUGAUGGCCACUCCAAUACCUUGACUUUGUUGUCCUUAAGCCAUUUUGCCACAACUUUGAAAGUAUGCUUGGUGUCAUUGUCCAUUUGGAAGACCCAUUUGCGACCAAGCUUUAACUUCCUGGCUGAUGUAUUGAGAUAUUGCUUCAAUAUAUCCACAUACUUUUCCUUCCUCAUGAUGCCAUCUAUUUUGUGAAGUGCACCAGUCCCUGCUGCAGCAAAGCACUCCCACAACAUGAUGCCGCCACCCCCGUGCUUCACGGUUGGGAUGGUGUUCUUCGGCUUGCAAGCUUCCACCUUUCUCUUCCAAACAUAACGAUGGUCAUUAUGGCCAAACAGUUCUAUUUUGUUUCAUCAGACCAGAGGACAUUUCUCCAAAAAGUACGAUCUUUGUCCCCAUGUGCAGUUGUAAACCGUAAUCUGGCUUUUUUAUGGCAAUUUUGGAGCAGUGGCUUCUUCCUUGCUGAGCGGCCUUUCAGGUUAUGUCGAUAUAGGACUCGUUUUACUGUGGAUAUAGAUACUUUUAUACUUGUUUCCUCCAGCAUCUUCACAAGGUCCUUUGCUGUUGUUCUGGGAUUGAUUUGCACUUUUCGCACCAAAGUACGUUCAUCUCUAGGAGACAGAACGUGUCUCCUUCCUGAGCGGUAUGACAGCUGCGUGGUCCUAUGGUGUUUAUACUUGCAUACUAUUGUUUGCACAGAUGAACGUGGUACCUUCAGGCGUUUGGAAAUUUUUCCCAAGGAUGAACCAGACUUGUAGAGGUCUACAAUUUUUUUUCUGAGGUCUUGGCUGAUUUCUUUUGAUUGUCCCAUGAUGUCAAGCAAAGGGGCACUGAGUUCGAAGGUAGGCCUUGAAAUACAUCCACAGGUACACCUCCAAUUGACUCAAAUUAUGUCAAUUAGCCUAUCAGAAGCUUCUAAACCCAUGACAUAAUUUUCUGGAAUUUUCCAAGCUGUUUAAAGGCACAGUCAACUUGGUGUAUGUAAACUUCUGACCCACAGGAAUUGUGAUACAGUGAAUUAUAAGUGAAAUAAUCUGUCUGUAAACAAUUGUUGGAAAAAUGACUUGUGUCAUGCAUAAAGUAGAUGUCCUAACCGACUUGCCAAAAUUAUAGUUUGUUAACAAGAAAUUUGUGGAGUGGUUGAAAAAAUGGUUUAAUUGACUCCAACCUAAGUGUAUGUAAACUUCUGACUUCAACUGUAUCACCUCCAUCACAUCAUCAAUUCUCACCUAGGGUUUUAUCCCUCCUCCUUGGCACUCUGUGUUUUGUGUUAUAAGAUGACAAUGAGAUGCUAAUACUACUUUUGAUCCUGAAGAAGUGAGUAUGUCAGAGCAGCGGGGAGGGAAGACUGUUUCUCCUCAGUCCUGGUUUACAGUGUCUGACUUCUAUAUCUGUGUGGGAGUGUGUGUGCAUGUGAAGGUAUGAGGGUGUGAUUGUGUGUGUGUGUGUGUGUGUGUGUGUGUGUGUCUGUGUGUGUGUGUGUGUGUGUGUGUGUGUGUGUGUGUGUGUGUGUGUGUGCGUGCGUGCGUGCGUGCGUGCGUGUGUGAAUACCAUUGUAAUCAUCUCUGAGGUUUUGUUACAUGGGUCCAAGCCUCACACUCAGGUAAACACCAGUACCGACGACAAUCUUAUUUGAUCUGCUACUUGUCAACUUUCAAUCUUAUUAGUUAAUGAUGUUCAUAUGAUUAGUUCAUAAAAACAUUAAUGUUGAAUCUUAUUAAUUGAUCAUGUUCUAACAUUCUAGCUUAUUAGUCCUGUUGAAUAUUCAGUCUCACGUUGUGAAUCUAUACCCAUUCUAUAUCCAUUCUCACAUGAUGAACCUGUUCUACUCUUCACUGGACUGCUUGUCCCACAGGGAUGUAUAUACACAACCAGUAUACACACACACACACACACACACACACACACACACACACACACACACACACACACACACACACACACACACACACACACACACACACACACACACACACACACACACACACACACACACACACACACAUUAAACCAGAGAAUGACUUACGAUGGAAGAUAUUUAUCGGAGUAUUAAAUAUGUUUGAUUAUUACUACUGAUUGUUGUAACAUCUCUUCCUUCCCCUCUCUCUGAGGGCUGUGACACGUGGUGACCCACUGAGGCUGUCCUCUAAGUGUCGCACCAUAUUUUUGGAGUACAGAAGAAUAAUGGAUAUGUGUAUAUAGGUGAUAUAUAGAUUUAACAUAGAAAUAAUAGACACAGUGCUGAUGUGUGUAUUCAUACAGAGGGGAGGAAAUUGUAUUUAACUUGGACAAGAAAAAAAAUCGAUUUGUUUUUCCGACUAUGAGGGCAUAAGAACCCCACUGUUACCAUGGGAGACAGAACAGGCAGUCCAGUUACCAUGGAACCACACACAGAGAUGACACAUCUACAUGAUGACAUCACUAAAUGAUCAUAGUUAGAGUUAUACUGUGGCUGUGAUCGCGCUAACGUUAGCAUUAGAUGGUUUAGUGGAAAAUAAGUAGGAAUCAUAGUAGACAUUUUAGCAUGUUCUAAAGCCCUAACAUAUUAUCGCCCUAACCCUAGCCCUGAGUCUGGCUCACCUGUCCUUCUUGGAGAUGUGUCCCUCUUGGAGAUGUGUCCCUCUUGGAGAUGUGUUACACUAUUGAGCACCUGUGCACCGACACACUUAUAAAGUAUUUACUAAUAAAAUAUCAUGUUUAUAGCAAGUGUUAACUAAUGGAAUAUUUCUAAAGAUUUGUUUGAAAUUAAUUAAAGAAUAAAGUAGUUUGUACUCUG